GAAUCCCAAGAAAGAGACGAUUCAUCCCUUUUUUAUACAACUUCGAGAAGGAAGGAAGAAGAGCCCUUUUGACUUUCACUUCUUCUGAAAUAUUCAACACAAAAAAAAAAAAGAGAGCCUUUUGAAAAUUGGUUGAGGAUUAAAAGAGCUUUGGUGUUUUUAUUGAUUCUCGUUUGCAUUUAUUUCAAUCAUCAAAACCCGUCUCCUCACCUAACUAACUGCAGCAACGCCAUCCUUCAAGUUAAAGCUGUCGCCUUUCGAUUAUAAUCGGAGAAGCUGAUGAGGUCACGAGGUGACCAAGUAGAUGUUCGAUCAGAUGCUGGCUCGUCAAAAGAAACAACAAAUUCACGACAUGGGUCUCAGAGAUCCGGCAAAAGCCAAGACCUUGUUGAACCAAACAGCAACCCAAUUGAGUACACAGAGCGAGAACGAGCUGAGCUUCUUAGAAGGUUAGACUCAAUCAAAGACCAUCUCCUUCGUGGUGGUGUUGGUGGUGCACUUAACGAGAAUCAGCAGUUACUCAGACCAGUUCAUGUCCGUGCUCCUAGUCAUAGUCCUGCACCUUCUUAUUACCACCACCACCAACGUCCUUAUCCUUACCCUCCUCAACCUCAAGGCUAUCAUCAUCAUCAAGACCCUUUUAGAAGACCACCUUCAUUUCAAGGCUACCCUGGAGGUCAAUAUGCUGAUGUAGUUGACCCGCAUUCAUACUUUCCAGCUACUCCCAGUAGGUACGGUGACAUGAUGCCUCCUUACAGCCCUGUUUCUUCUCACCAGAGACUCUACACUACACCUGUUCACACCUACAACAACAGUCUUAGUUUCCCUUCUUCAAUGAGCUCUCCUGGUCCUCGCGGUGGUGGUUACGCUAGGUGCCCUAGUGAUCUUGAUUCUGAAACGGGCGGUGGUGGUGCUUUCCCUCGUGGGUAUGUUAAGAAAGCUGUUUCGGAGAGUGAUGAUGCUCGUCGUUGCCAUCCUCUUGCUGGUGGUGCUCCUUUUAUAGCUUGUCGUAGUUGCUUUGAGCUGUUGUACUUGCCUAAGAAGAAGCUUCUGGCUCAGGAGAGGCUGCAUAAGCUUCAAUGUGGUGCUUGCUCUGAAGUCACUAGUUUCUCAAUCGUCGAUAAGAAACUCGUUUUCACAACAACAGAACCGGUCUCUGUUGAAGAUAGAAGCACAACAAACACAGUUGUGGUAGAAGAACCUGUACAAGAACUUAAGAAUCAAGGUGACACUACGAGAAGCACCCGGUCUGAAUCUCAACACUCAGAUGAUGAAGAAAGCUCGAGUGUCUCUAGUGAACAACAACAGAAAGAGGUCAAGUCUGUUCGUAGACGAGCUAAAGACUCAAAAGCGUCAGAACCUGCUGCUGCUGCUGCUCCUGAGAGUGCAAGUCUUCUUGAACUUUUUGAGCAUUCUAAUGUAAACAGAGCUGCGCUCGCUUAUGGGAUGGCAGAGUUAGGUUAUAUCAAGCCAGAUAAGCAAGAAGUUUUCAUGAAACAAGACUCGGUAAAGCCUGAAUCAAUAGUAGCUACAGAGACUGAGGUUUCUUACAACGGAUACACUAACACAACCGAGAUUUCUGAGGAUUCAAACGGAAGAGAAGACAAGAACAGAACAAGAAAUCCAAACGAAGAUGGAGGAAAGUCAAUAGAGGUUUGGGUCAAUGGACAUCUUAUACCAGAAGAUCUAGUUAGCAGUGCUGAGAAGUUAGCUGGACCAAUCCAAGCUGGAAAGUAUUGGUAUGACUACAGAGCUGGUUUCUGGGGUGUAAUGGGCAAACCUUGUCUCGGUAUAAUACCUCCAUUUAUUGAGGAGUUUAGCCAUCCAAUGCCAGAUAGUUGCGCUGCAGGAAACACAGAAGUGUAUGUGAAUGGAAGAGAGCUUCACAAGAGAGACUUGGAGUUACUAGUGGGUCGUGGUCUUCCUCGUGACAAGAACCGUUCUUACAUCCUUGAUAUCACUGGAAGAAUCCUUGAUGGAGACUCAGGGGAAGAACUUAAAAGCCUUGGCAGAUUAGCCCCAACGAUUCAGAAGACGAAGCAUGGAUUUGGCAUGAGAGUUCCAAGGUCAUUAGCUUCAUGAUAAGUGAAACAACACAACCAAAUGAUACUGAUAAUGCGGUUUCAGUCUUCAUGUCAUUUGUUUGGUUUUUAUAAAUGUAAAGUGUGCUUUUUUUACUCACUACAUCGGUUAGAAUUUGAGUUUAUCUUUUUAAAUGGGUUAGAAUUUUAUUCUUUUUUUUUCUUAUUAUUUUCUUUUGUCAGUAUCCUGGAUGGGUUGGGGUGUUAUGAUUGUAAAUGAACCGGGUUAUGCCGGUACAAGGUUUGUAAUGUUUCUUCUUCUUCCAAGCAGACAAAACCGGUUUGUGAUUAUUGGUCGUAAGUCGUAACUGGUUAUAGAUUUUGUGGAAUGAAAUAGUUUGCCUACCAA